CGGCGCUCGAAGGACCGGCAGCAGGCGGCUCUCCAACCCAUCAGUCCGUACAUGACAAGAGUAAAGGUGAUUCAGAUGGACAGAAUGUGCCAGUAUCCUUGAAGAUAAACUUAAGGCCUUGGAUGAUACCUGAUCUCCUUUGAUUGUUGUGCAUACACCUUGUGCCAUGGCCUGUCUCAUAAGAGCUGAAGCAGCACUGCUGAGGUGUACGUUGCUUUUUCUCUACCUGAGUGUCUGCUUGUGCCAGCGUGACUGCACUGGCGUGGACUGUCCCCUGCUGGACAACUGUAUUGAAGAAGUGCUGGAAAGUGGCGCCUGUUGCGCUUCAUGCUUACAAAAGGGUUGCACGUGUGAGGGUUACCAAUACUACGACUGCAUCAAUGCUGGAUUCAAGAACGGCAAAGUGCCAGAGGGAGAUUCUUACUUUGUGGACUAUGGCAGCACAGAGUGCUCCUGCCCUGCGGGAGGAGGCCGGAUCAGCUGCCACUUCAUCAGCUGUCCUGACAUGCCACCGAACUGUAUCGAGGUGUCAGAGCCUGCAGAUGGUUGCAUGCAGUGCGAACGCAUCGGGUGUAUCCAUGGCGGGCAAAAGUAUGAGGCUGGGCACUCCUUCCACAUCGACGUCUGCCGGGUCUGCCACUGCCCCAACGAAGGGGGAAAGCUGAUGUGCUACCCUGUGCCUGACUGUGAUCCGAAGGAAGUCCAUAAACCCAUGUUAGCAGCAACAACAGAGGAGGACACAGCCAGCAGGCGUGACAUUUACCCCUACAAGUUGGACCAACAAGGUCAUUCAGAUCAGUACUCAGCACCAUACCACCUUAACGGGAAUCUUCCUCUCUUCAAAUCAUCGCCAUUGGAUAAGGAGGAGCCAGAAGACUAUGAUUAUGGUCCUGGAGACCUUUCAGAGACCUACCCUCAAUCUCUGGUCUUCCCUACCCAGUCCUCCUCCACCAAUAAGGUCAUAUCUGUGUCUGGAGGCUCUGACAGGCCUGACAGACGAAGCAAGCUGGAGCUGAGAGAGCGAUAUGGAGUUCGUGACCAUGCUACAGACAAAGAGGAAGUGACAGAAAAUCCCCUGAGAGAAGAGCCGAGCACUGUCAGGCCACUUAUGGACGAGGACACCACCACUACUUCUUGGCAGCCCUCACAGGAUAUGACAAGUGCUCAAAGUGUGUCAUUCAGUGAUCAGAGUCCACAGACACACUUAGUGAAUCCACUGCAUGCACACAGGAGUGUCGUAUUUCCAUUAAAGCAGGGGGCUGAAGAACACCCAGAGUAUCCACAGAUGAUUUCAGAGAGUGCAGGACAUAAUCAGAGAAGCUCUGAGACUAAGACACAUCAGCAGAAUGCAUCAGAUAGUGUUAUACCCAGAGGUUCAAACGGUCAGAUCAACGUUAGCCAUCCAGUCAGAGGCACAGAGAGUCAAACCCAUCAGCAGAGACAGCCAGAUAGAGGGAAUUUUCCGAUGUACACGCCGAGAAGUCCAGAGAGCCCAGUCCAUCCCCAGGCAAGUUCAAAUGGUCAAAAAGAAUUACAGGGGACAGUCGCACCGGACAGUGAGGAAAGGGUGAAUGCAGAAGAGAUGGAAGAGGAGGAGGAGGAGGAGGAGGAAGAAAUAAUAACCUUUCAGAGAAUCAGUGAGCCUGAAGGAAAGGAUGUGCCCUACAAGAUGAAGUCAGCUCAACAGGAGAGAAGCGACACAGACCCCAAGAGCAGCGACCCAACCAGCAUCUCCAAAAAGACCACGCCCGAGCCCAGCACCAGCUCCCCCAGGGGGCCUGACUACCACACAACCCCCAUGGUCCAUUUUAUCACAACCACCACCACCCAGCUGCCUGUAAGGGUCAAGUUGGAUGAGAGUCAGCCCAGCAGAAAGCCAGGUCAAAGGCUGUUUAACCUUCACAGUGAAGACAGAGAGGAGGUGAAGAAAGGGGUGAUGGAGAAAGAGAGGAAGAAAGAUCAGGCCGUUUCACUCACCAGACCUGAUGAAGGUCCAGGUGUCUCUGCUGAAGACCUGCUGCAGAGCUGCUGUGCUGCUGGCCAGAGGUGGGCCACUGAAAACCACCACUGCAACCACAUGCCUCUGCUGAACAGUGACAAGCACAUAUGCAGUGUUGCACAGAAGCAGUGCUGCCUCAGCUCAGUGAAGGAGAGCCAGUGUGAAUCAGGUAUGACUUCAGCCAGAAGAGGGGACACCUGUGAGGUGGAUGAGGAGGAUCAGUGCACAGAUUACUCCUCCCAGGUGUGCUGCAGCUGCUGUGCCCUCGGCUUACGGGUGCGCAGUGAAGGACGGGGCUGCGAUGCCCACCAGUACCUGGGUUACCCAUGUGGUCACGUCUUCCUCACCUGCUGCGAGGAAGAGGACGGUCCAAGCCAGAUCCCACUGAAGAGAAAGCAGAAACCUGUGCCAACUGCUUCACCAAGGAAAGUGUCAGACAGCAAGUACCCCAAGGAGGCCUUCUCCAUCAGUGCCACAGAUGAAUCUGCCAACGUGGUGGAGGAGCCGGAGGAUGUGGAUAAGUGUCAGCUGUAUGCAGACCAGCUGUGCCAGCACAAAUGCACCAACGUCAGGGGCUCCUACCGCUGUGAAUGCCACCAAGGCUACAUCCUGCAGCAAGACAGACACUCCUGUGCGCCAGUGAGUCCUGAUGAGGACAACAGAGUCAGAGAGGACAGUCCUGCAGUGGUCCCUCCACAAACCAGCACAGCCUCCACCAUUACAACCAGUACAACCACCACCAGCCCUGUCCGCCUCAGCCCAUGUGCAGAAAACGGUCCUUGCAGUCAGCAGUGUAUGGUGGUGGCAGGUCAGGCGCACUGCUCCUGCUUCCCAGGCUUCUCACUGAUGACAGAUGGACACAUGUGUGAAGAUGUGGACGAGUGCGUGACCAACACCCACAGUUGUCGGCCCAGUGAGCGCUGUGUGAACACAGUGGGUUCAUUUGUAUGCGAGCUGCAGGUCACUUGUCCUGCAGGCUACCAGCUGAGGAACAGUGUGUGCGAGGACAUGGAUGAAUGUCUCCUGCGAACCCAUAACUGUGGUGUGGGCUUUGUGUGUGAGAACACGGUGGGCUCUUUCCUGUGUAAUCCCAAACAUAAGUGCAUCAGCGGCUUCACACAGGACUCUCAUGGCAACUGUAUUGACAUAAACGAGUGCAGCAGCCUGAGUGAGCCGUGCAGCUCAGGCUUUAACUGUAUCAACACAGUGGGCUCCUACACGUGCCAGCAGAAGAUCAUCAUGUGCAGCCACGGAUACCACGCCAGCCCUGACGGAGCCAAGUGUGUCGACAUUGAUGAGUGUCAGAUGGGGACUCACCGGUGCGGAGUGGGCCAGAUCUGUCACAACCUCCCUGGCAGCUACCGCUGUGACUGUCAGACGGGCUACCAGUAUGAUGCCCUCCGCAAAGUCUGCACUGAUGUAAAUGAGUGCUGGCGCUAUCCUGGCAGGCUGUGUGCCCAGACCUGUGAAAACACCCCAGGCUCCUACCAUUGCUCAUGCACGGCCGGCUUCGCCCUGGCAUUUGAUGGCAAGAACUGUGAAGAUAUAAAUGAAUGUGACAAAAAUCCCUGCAGCCAGGAGUGCGCCAACAUCUACGGCUCGUAUCAAUGCUACUGUCGCCAAGGGUACUACCUUAAGGAGGACGGACACACCUGUGAAGAUAUUGAUGAGUGCUCUCAGAGCAUCGGGAACCUGUGCUCCUUCCAGUGUGUUAACGUUGCAGGCAGCUACCAGUGUACCUGUCCUCCUCAUGGAUACAGCAUGUCGGCCAAUGGACGCACGUGCAGAGAUAUUGACGAGUGCACAACUGGCACCCACAACUGUUCAUAUGGACAAACCUGCUACAACCUACAGGGUGGAUUCAGAUGUCUGUCCUAUGACUGCCCUCAGAAUUACAAGAAGGUUUCAGACACGCGCUGUGAGCGGAUCAGCUGUCCCAGCAACUCCGUGGACUGUCAGAACUCUCCUGUGCGGAUCACAUACUACCAGCUCAGCUUCCAGACCAACAUCAUCGUCCCGGCCCAGAUCUUUCGAAUCGGACCUUCCCCCGCCUACUCCGGCGACCACAUCGUCAUCAGCAUCACCAAAGGCAACGAGGAGGGCUACUUCAGCACCAGGAAGCUGAACAACUUCAUGGGCGCCGUCUACCUGCAGAGACAAGUCCGCGAGCCCAAAGACUUCCUAAUAGACGUGGAGAUGAAGCUGCUGAGGCAGGGGACAUUCACCUCGUUCCUCGCCAGGAUCUAUGUCUUCAUCACAACCAGCACUAUGUAACACCAAACUGAUGGAGAAAGAGACUAUUUCGUAUGGUGCUAAUUGUUUUUGUAUGUGCAGACUCUUUUUGUAAUGGCUUCCCACAUUCAAACAUAUUCAACACAGAUUUUCUGCUUCUUUCUCCGCACUUUCUUUGACAGUUAUAUUUCCUGAGAAACUUUCCAUUUGUAUUUACCAAAGUAUUUUUUCAGCUUGACUCUUACUCUUAUGCAAUUUAGCUUUUAUGCACCACUGUUGUUAGCAUCUACUCGAGCUGUUUGUGGCAGGGUGCUGCACAGGUCACUGCACAAGUCUGGGUUAGUGGUUUGUGAUCUACUCUACUCUCUUUAAAACUCCUGCUCUUUGGCCUCUCUGUGUAAAUGUUCAUUUUCAUGAGAACGACUCCUGAAAGUCUGAUGAUACGAGUAAACCUGUGCAGCACUACAAGUUAAGGGCACUUGUCACUGUGUAGGCCUGAAACUGACAAAAUGUACGAAAAGUUUAUCAGAUGACUCAAAACUAUAACUGCAUUGCUUUGGUAAAUUAUGUUGUUACAUAAUUAGAAUGGAGUGUAGGAAGAAACAGAGUUUUAUAUUUUUCCUUUAACCUCUAAACAGUUGGUUAAAAAAAAGAACAUUGAAACA